AUGGCAUCACCACAGAGAAUCCGAACUCCUGUUACCGAUCUAUUCAAGAUCAACCAUCCUAUUUUUCUCGCCGGAAUGAACGUCGCAGCCGGUCCCAAGCUCGCUGCUGCUGUCACAAAUGCCGGCGGUCUUGGUGUCAUUGGAGGCAUGUCCUAUAGCCCGGACAUGUUGAAGGAGCAAAUUGACGAGUUAAAAUCGUAUCUUCAUGACAAGAAUGCGCCAUUCGGCAUCGAUCUGCUACUUCCACAGGUUGGCGGCAAGGCCCGCAAAACAAACUACGAUUACACGAAAGGCAAGCUCGACCAAUUAAUCGACGUCGUUAUCGAAUCGGGAGCCAAACUCUUCGUCUCCGCUGUUGGUGUACCACCCAAGGCCGUCGUCGAUAAGCUACACAAGCAUGGUAUCUACUACAUGAACAUGGUCGGCCACCCCAAGCAUGUCCAAAAGGCGCUAGACAUCGGCUGCGACAUGAUCUGUGCGCAGGGUGGUGAGGGUGGUGGCCACACUGGAGAUGUUCCGACCACUGUCCUGAUUCCAGCGUGUGUGCAGAUUUGCAAGGGAAAAAAGAGCGUGGUAUCCGGCCAACAGGUUCCAGUCAUCGCCGCCGGUGGUAUCCAUAACGGUCAGAUGUUAGCCGCCGCGCUGAUGAUGGGCGCGAGCGCCGUCUGGGUUGGUACCCGUUUCAUCUUAGUUGACGAAGCUGGAGCACCCGAGUCGCAUAAGGAGUCGGUACGAACUGCCGGAUUUGACGACACAAUCCGAACCCUCAUCUUCACUGGACGGCCUUUACGGGUGCGAAAGAACCCAUACAUCGAGAACUGGGAGACCGAGCGCCAAGCCGAGAUCAAGGAGUUGACUGCUAAGGGUAUCCUCCCCUAUGAGCAUGACUUGGAGAAGGUGGCGAACGGCACGGCUGAGGGUUCAGGCAAGGAGAGCGAAAGCGAAGAAGAUGUAGAUGACUUGAUGGACCAGUUCCGGCCUUACUUGAUGGGCAAGUGUGCCGCGCUGGUGAACGAGCAGAAGAGCGCAAAGGCCGUUGUGGAUGAAUUCAUUGAUGAUGCCACAGCGAUGCUAAGCCAGGGCGCCAAGAUGGUGGCGAAGUUGUAA